AUGACGAGCCUAGAACCAUUUGAAAGAGACUUUGAGAAGCUAAAGAAUCAGCCCAGCUCUGAUGACGUUGAAUCUAUACUCAAAAAGUUUGACAGCAUCUCGCCAAAUAGUUCAAUCUACUUAACGUUGAUACAACUUUUAUUGUAUAAUACAAUCCCCGAGAGUUACAUAUACCUACCAAUAAGAGUCAAAGAUAUAACAAAAGAUAAAUUGAGAUCCCUAUCAGGGAUAGGAGGUAUGCUAAAUAUGCUUGAAGUAAGCUCUAGAAAUUUAAGUGAUAGCAAUAAGCAUCUUGCCCAGCUCAUGAUGCAGAUUUUAAUCGAGUUAUUCGAUUCCCAAUUGGUGCUUUCUUUGUUAAACAAGCAUCAAGAAGAUUUAGAGCGUAAGGAAAUAGAGAAAUUGAUUUUUAGGGGAAAAUGUUUUGGUGUAAUCAGCGAAGUGUCUUACAAGUUUGACCUUGAUGUUGAUAAUAAUACUUUCGGAGAUUCUGACAAAUACGCUGCUUAUUUGAGCUCCAGUAUAUUGUCAUUGUAUGAUAAAUCCAGUAUGAAGUUGAUAAACUCCUUUCUUAAUUCCGCAAGGGUGUUCAACAGCAACGUCUUACUAUACUAUUAUGAUUGUACGUUCAACGAAACUCAAUGGCCCAAAUUUCUAGAGUCCUACAACUUGCUAAAAAGGUUUGAAAGAAAGGGAUUCACAAGAGCACUUUUCUCAAAAUUCAUAUCUAGGAGAUAUUUGCAAGAUACUUGUACUGAUGAAGAGAUAUUGGCAUUGUCAUCUCUUCUUAAAUUUACUUGUGACCUGUUAGAUGACACGUUUUUCCUCGAAAUAUGCAAGUUACAAAAUACCAAGCUCAACAGUUUAGUUUCAUUGAUCGAGUCGACUCAAGAUGAUAAGAAGUAUGAUGCUAUAAUUUUUGCUGUAUUGAAUUCUUGGUCCGACGAAGGAAAUAUAAAGUCUGAACCGAUAUCCCAACAAGAAUACAAGACUCAUUUACUUUUAUGCUUACUCCAUUUAAAAGGGAAAGGUAAGUUUUUAAGCGAACUACUGAGAAGCCCUUUACUUUUGACUGCAAUUUCCAACAGGCUCAGCUCUUUUUCUAAUCAUGUUAAAUCUUUAGGAAUAAUUGUUGCUGAUUCUGUGAGUGUUUUAAGUGAACAAAAGAAGAUUUUCAAUAUUGAGCUACCAAGAGAAUUCACAUAUUUGACGGAAGAAAAUAGUUAUUUGCUGUCUUCAAUUAAAGAUGUGAAGAUCGACUCAGCUUGGAAAGUCAUAAACCUGCCACGAAUUGAAGAAAACGAUGAGCAAGUAACUGUCAUUAACGAUGACAGACAUACAUCGAGAAAAGGAAAUGUAGUGGAUUCUGACGAUGAAAGCGAUGACGAUGAUACUGUUUAUGAUCGUAAUAAUGUGACUUCGCCGAUAUACAUUAAAGAUUUGCUAAAUUAUUUAAAUGCGGAUCCCCAGUCCGCCGAAGCACACGAGAUGAGACGUUUAGCAUUAACCACUGGGCCAACAUUAAUCCGUCAAAAGAAAAACUUUGGAAAUGAAGUCAGCUUUUAUUCGGAAGAUCUUUUAACUUUAUUAGUGGGCUUAUCUAAUAAUUUCCAAGAUAAGGACUUCGAAGAAUUAAAACUUAAUUGCAUGAUUGCUGUUAUUGCAAGCGAUCCCCCUUCAGUUCUCCAUUUAUAUAAACUCCUUCUCACAGGUGACUAUUCAUUGCAACAAAGAAUGAUGAUUUUGUCAUCUUCAUCCUUAGCUGCACGGGAGCUUAAAGGUUUCAAAGAUGAAGUGGUCACUAAGUCUUUUUCAAAGAAGGAUUUUCCCUCCAAAGAACUUCCUCCGCAAGUCCAUAGAGCUCUUUUAGGAAACGAAAAUCUCAAGGAUUCUCUCGAUACAACUAGUGAGAUCCAAAGAUCUAUUCAAAAUGACUUGAUGCACGGGGCUUCUGAAGACUUUAAAGAUGAGUUAUCUGGUGGAAAGAUAUUACGUAUAUCAAGAAAGUUGACUAAGAAGCAGGCACCAGUCUGUGGAGGACCUAUAAUCAAGAAUUAUGCUAAAGUUAUCAGCUCCUAUUUUUACUUUCCGUUGGUAGAAGUGUGGUAUAAAGCUGGUGGUGUAAAUAUAGGCCAUUACACUCCAAUAUUCAUUGCUCAUUAUGUGAAGACGCUUACAUUGUUGUUGCAUGCUGCCUAUCCAUCUGCUACUGAUUUGCCCGAUAUGACUAAAGAAUUCUUCUUGAUUAUAGUUCCAAUUUUGCUGGCUGCAACUCAAGAUCAGUUGCAAGUUAUAGAAAGUAUAGUGACAGGGACAUUAUUGGUCCUUGACAUAACUGAUGAUCGAGAUAUUUUGAAUAAUUACCACAAUGAAUUGCAAAAGAUCAAAAAUUGGGUAUCUGUCUUUUGGGAAUCAAUAAUAGAUGAUAAAGUAAAGAGUCUUUGUGCAAGCUUAUUGCUCAGGUUAUCGAAAGUCGAAGAGAACCUUGAGCGAUUACUAAUAGAUCAAAUGAAUAGUAUGUAUUAA